UCUACGCGACCGGGACGCGCAGUCAGCGGACUAAGUUAAGGCCGUCGUCACGCUACGCCACGCGAGUUUAGCAGCAAGCAGCAGCCUCGUUUACGUCGCAGCCUAGCCUUAUCACAGGCCCUCUUCACCACCUUGCAUGUCAACCAACUAAGAUCAAUUCCAAUAUCGAGAUCUUGAUAGAUAUAAUGGCGACACGACGCUCUAAUGCCGUCCCAGCAACGGGGGAGAAGACCCUAGCUGAGGAUUUCAAACAGCCGCUGGGACAGCCGUCUAUUACUGCUCCUGCUGUGCCCAUGCAUGUCAUCGUCAAGCUCCUCGCCUUCACCUUCGCCAUGGUCGUCGUGCCAAUCGGCUCCUACUUCCUGACUCUGGAUUUGGUGUUCUCUGGCAACUCGACGUUCGCAGGCGCUACGGCAGCGAUCAUGGCUAACGUGGUGCUGGUGGGCUACAUCAUCGUAGCUAUGCGAGAGGACCAGAGCGAGGCCAUCGAGGCGGCCGAGCGGGAGAGGAAAGGGCGCUGAGUGGUGCGUUCAGCUUUGGAAUUCUUCUCUACGACAGUAUGUGCAUGGUUCAGGCGUUUACUUGUAAGGCAGAAACUGAAAAGGGAAUUUUUGUGUAUUAUUAUAAAAAAAACCCCCAUUUUAUCAAUCUGAGCCUCGCUAUUUGUUUUAUGUUUCAAAAAAAGAGCAAAAAACAUAAUCAGAAGUUAUAAUCAAAUACUGAUGCUA